GCGCUGCCAACAGGUGUUGCGGGGAUUAGCGCGCCGGGAGUUCCCUCCUGCCGCCGCCGUCUUCCCGCUUCUCUAGGGCGCGGGGCUCCCGGGGCCAGAUCUCUUGGAAAAAGAACAAACACCUUCAAGCCUCUGUAUGAGCAUUUGUUUCUGGAACAACAGAACCACUGCAAGAGCUGAAAAUGCCCAAACCGCUCAAUGUUCGAGUUACCACUAUGGAUGCGGAGCUGGAGUUUGCCAUCCAACCCAACACUACAGGCAAACAGCUAUUUGACCAGGUGGUUAAGACAAUAGGCUUGCGUGAAGUAUGGUACUUUGGUCUUCAGUAUAUGGACAACAAAGGAUUUCCGACUUGGCUGAAACUUGAUAAAAAGGUCUCUGCUCAGGAAGUCAAAAAGGAAAAUCCCCUCCAGUUCAAAUUCCGUGCCAAGUUCUUCCCUGAAGAUGUGUCUGAGGAGCUGAUCCAGGACAUCACCCAGAAGCUGUUCUUCCUGCAAGUGAAGGAAGGGAUCCUCAGCGAUGAGAUCUACUGCCCACCUGAAACAGCAGUUCUUCUUGGCUCGUAUGCUGUGCAAGCCAAAUUUGGAGACUACAAUAAAGAAUUACACAAGUCUGGGUACCUCAAUUCAGAACGCCUGAUCCCUCAACGAGUAAUGGACCAGCACAAACUAUCCAGAGAGCAGUGGGAAGAACGGAUUCAGGUCUGGCAUGCUGAACAUGGUGGAAUGCUCAAAGAGAAUGCAAUGCUGGAAUAUCUAAAGAUUGCCCAAGACUUGGAGAUGUAUGGAAUCAACUACUUUGAAAUCAAGAAUAAGAAAGGAACGGACUUGUGGCUGGGAGUAGAUGCACUGGGCCUGAAUAUUUAUGAGAAGGAUGAUAAAUUGACCCCAAAGAUUGGCUUUCCCUGGAGUGAAAUCAGAAACAUCUCUUUCAAUGACAAAAAGUUUGUUAUAAAACCUAUUGACAAGAAGGCACCUGACUUUGUGUUUUAUGCACCUCGUCUAAGAAUUAACAAGAGGAUCCUGCAGCUGUGCAUGGGUAACCAUGAGCUGUACAUGCGCCGCAGGAAGCCUGACACCAUUGAGGUCCAACAGAUGAAAGCCCAGGCCCGUGAGGAGAAACACCAGAAACAGUUGGAGAGGCAACAGUUAGAAAGUGAAAAGAAGAAGAGAGAGACCAUUGAAAAAGAGAAGGAACAGAUGUUGAGGGAGAAAGAGGAGCUGAUGUUGAGACUGCAAGAGUAUGAACUAAAGACCAAGAAGGCUGAGAAAGAGCUCUCAGAUCAGAUCCAAAAAGCUAUGCAGCUUGAGGAGGAGAGGAGGCGAGCAGAGAGGGAAGCUGAACGUCUGGAGGCCGAGCGCUUGGCUGCUCUCCAAGCCAAGGAAGAGCUGGAGAAGCAAACUGUUGACCAGAUGAAGAGCCAGGAACAGCUGGCUACAGAACUUGCAGAAUAUACAGCCAAGAUUGCUCUUCUGGAAGAGGCAAGGAAGCGUAAAGAGAAUGAGGUUGAAGAAUGGCAACACAGGGCCAAGGAAGCCCAAGAUGACCUAGUGAAGACAAAAGAAGAGCUACAUUUGGUAAUGACUGCCCCACCUCCACCGCCAGCCCCUGUCUAUGAGCCAGUGAAUUACCAUGUCCACGAUAACUUGCAUGAUGAAGGAACAGAAUAUUCAGGCUACAGUGCAGAGUUCUCAAGUGAAGGCAUCUUGGAUGAUCGCAAUGAAGAGGAACGCACUACUGAAGCAGAGAAGAAUCAGCGUGUGCAGCGGCAGUUGAUGACCCUGACAGAUGAGCUGGCCCAGGCCAGGGAUGAAAACAAGAGAACCCACAACGACAUGAUCCACACAGAGAACAUGCGACAGGGACGUGACAAGUACAAGACGCUGAGGCAGAUUCGACAGGGCAACACCAAGCAGAGAAUCGAUGAAUUUGAGGCCAUGUAAGCGCACUUUACAGCCAAGAAGGCAAGACUAUGGGAAAGGCAGAUCUUCACAUACGAUCUGCCUUUUCUGAGGGGUCACUGUAUAACAUCUAAAUAUAUAUAAAUAUCAAAUGCUCUAAACCUAGCUUAUCCUCCAGUUUUUACUAUUAAAAUGUGGUGACUGCCCAUUAAGUCCGUCAGCCAAGCAAUUCUGAUAACUUUUGCUCAUUCAUAUCCUAGUGCCAAAAGGCCUAUAAGUCACGUCCAUUUUUUUUCAAGCAGGGUUUAUUUUAAUACUACGUCUUUCUAUCCAUAAAGAUAUUAUGCUGUGAUAGGUGGUACAUCUGGAUUCAGCUUUUUAAAUAAAAACACAAUGCUGUGGGUGAAUUUUGUGCCAUAUAUCUUUACAUUCUUUACAUACAGCAUAUAACCCGACUAAUUCUACAUUAUGCUUUGUCAGCAAAGACUUGCAGGCCCU